AUGGCUGGCUCGCGAGCUCGACUUUUCCGCUGGGACCGUGCUGGCUGUAUUGUCUCCGAAUCUUUCGACAUCCGAGACCGUCCCGACUAUCUCUGCGAAUUCCUCUGGCGGUUCUCGCAAACAUCCGACUCUUUGCGCGGCCAUGACUGCACAGUUAUGCCUGCCACUCCGGAGGAGGAGGUACUCUUCAGAGACGCCGUCAAGGAGUACGUUCGUUCUCAACUAGAGAUCGACGGAGAGGCUCUAGAUCGGGCAGUCAGUCAACAUUACUCUCCAGGGCGUGUCGCUGUGGUGAAGGUGCACCCUCAUCGACGACCCCUGUCGCAGAACAAUGUAUGGUAUUUCAUCAUAUCUCGGCCCGUGGUAACGCCCCUCACACUCACCGGCCGAGGCACACGGGGCUAUUGGGCGGUGGAGUCUACUACCUCUCAGGUAGUAUUCUUGAAGGACACUUGGCGGAUCGAAUCCGAUGGAGGCGUUGAAGGCGACUUGUUAGACCAUUUCAAGGAGCUCGGAGUGCGUAAUGUGCCAGCCGUUGUGACAUAUGGCGAUGUGCCCGACUAUAUUCCAAACGAACGCCGGAACAUUACAAUCUGGCAGACCACAUAUACGGCUGGGUCGGCGCUUAAGCGCUGGACUUGUCGCAUUGCGGGCCAGCCUAUCUCCGUAACAGAUGUACAACGCUACCGUCUGGUCUUGGGCACCGUCGGGUACGGGAUAUCCACCAUCAAGGGUACGGAAGAAUUACUGCAUGCGACGUACGAUGCAUUUACAGCCAUGAGAGACGCACACGCAAAGGACUCGCGUAUUCACCGAGACAUCUCUGUCGGCAACAUCAUACUGGUCAAAGAGCCCGGGCAAGAUAUUCGCCGGGGAUAUCUCAUCGACUGGGAGGCGUCCAGUGUCAUCGAUGCCACUGGGGAGUCCUUGCAACCGGGACGCGCUGGGACGUGGCAUUUCAUGUCAUGGCGGAUGCUGGACAGAGUGCAUGCGAACAGCAAACAUACCUUCCUGGAUGACAUGGAGUCCCUCGUCCAUCUGGUGCUGUACUGCGCGCUCCUUUACUUACCCCACACCCUAGAGAAGGAGGAGCUCUUGCAGGCAUUCCACGAUUACUUCGAGGAAUUUGUCGGCGUUCCUUCUGGACCCGCUCACGGCGGCGACCUGAAGUUUAGGACCGCGCACGACAGAGGCCUGAUCAGGGCAGCUCGGUUCGGUAGCGUGUCGCUCGCGGAUUGGCUCACUACGAUGCUGGAGAUGCAGUGCCCGCCCGGAUGGAGGACGGAAGGAUACAACUACGGAGAACGCUGGACGCCCGAAGACGUCGACGCGUUCUGGUUAGAGUUCCUGGACUCGCACGCUCUGGAGCGAGACAACCGGGUAGUCCAUGAUGUCACACGGGCGCAACGCUACGACUUUGACGAGCUGUCGGUAGCGCCGCCGACUCCACCUCCGACGUUGGCUCCGGCAGCGACACGCAAACGCGCCGCGGCAGAACGCGACCUCCCGGAAGGCGAAUCCGAUUCGAAGCGCCGACGGUCUAUGCGUCUGCGCAAUGCCGCGCCGCCCGAAUCCCCAUCUAGCCGCUCUUCUCGAGUGCGCCGACAGGUUCCACAAGCAUGAUGUGACGCAUAAGAUAGGGCUGAAGUCCCAGAUGCGAGACUGGCGCGCCCCCCGAGCCAGAUGUCAAUAAUAAUGUUCAUGGGGAAGAAUCAACGAUGUUUGUACGAUGCCACUAUAUCGGCAC